AUGGCCCUUCGUGCGGUGCCUGGGAGAAUUUUGCGAUCUAUUAGUCACGCUGUACCAGGGGCAAAAGAGGACUCUGUGCAACCAGUCUUCCCCCCUCCAUACAUACAUGCAUGGAUGGAUGGAUGGCCGGACCCAAAUCGUAAUACACUCGCAACUCCCUUCGACGGUCUUAGUCAUGAUGGGAAUGCCCGCGGUGAAGCGGCACCAUUUGCCCCCCUCCUCCUCCUCCUCCUCUGCUCCUCUUCUCCCCCUUCCCCACCCACUCCUCCUUCGUCUCCUCCCUCGUUAAGUAACCCCUUCAAGCCCAGUCUUGUCCCCACAAGUUCACCGUUUCCAACGCGUCACAACGCCCGUUACGCAAGGGUUACAAUAAUGCGGAAAGUUUCCAAGGGCGGGCAGACUUGCUUCCCCUGUCCGGAGUACGUAUCUACUGUACAUCGGAAGCAGCCGUCGUAUCGCAUCCUCUUCCAGCCUGGCGAUAGAUCGCGACAAGGGCCAGAAAGGAGCAUGCGGAUGGUCGAAGAAGCUGCCUUCCGUCCCAUUCCUUGUCAUCGUCAUCCUCGUCCUUCGGCAUCCCCGGGCGCACAUCCCAUCAUCCCGCCGACCAUCCUUUNUAAAUCCUUGGGUGCUUGUGCUUCUAUUGCUGUCCAACCGCGUUGGGGUGGGAGCAACUCAUUGGUCAAACCGCCGUGCUACUCCAUACUUCAUGCGUGCACAAGAGGCCAAGAUUGCCUCUUCACCUUGGCACCAGGACAGGUUAUAGACUUCUCCAACCAUAGUACAACGAUCAAAUCAGCUGGCUGGGUGGCUGAACAGUGGAAGCCUACUUUGCCGUACGGACCACCUCUCGGUGUAGUGGGGGGGCCAAGAGGGGAUAGGAAACGGAAAGUUCGGCUAGAAAUGACAACACUUGGACUGGGUUCAGGGAUCGGAGGGAGGGGCGUUAUACGGAGAGUACGGAGCACUCAGAAACAGAAUUUGCUCAAGGCCGGAGAAGAGUGGGGUGUGCACUCCUACUUUGCUACUACAACACGCAAGUCGCAAGAGGCAGUGAGAGAGAGAGAGGGAAACACCGCUCGGUAUCAAGAGACUCCACAGGUCAGGCUGGCUGUCUAG